CAACAAGUUCCAAUGGCCCCGCCCCUGUGCUAACCUGCCCUUGAUUGUCAUGGCUUUUAGAAUCCCCGUAUCAUUCCUCCUCCUGUCACCGCUGAGAGCAACUCGGAGCGGCGGAGCACGAGCCAUGUCAAUCAAGGUUGGAGACUCACUUCCGGACGUGCAGGUGUUUGAAGGGAACCCUGGCAACAAGAUCAGUCUGAGGGAGGUGUUUAGUGGGAAGAAAGGUGUGCUGUUCGGGGUCCCAGGGGCCUUUACUCCGGGCUGUUCAAAGACACAUCUUCCUGGCUAUGUGGAAAAGAAUGCAGAACUUAAGUCGCAUGGAGUAGACGUGGUGGCAUGCAUCUCGGUCAAUGAUGUGUUCGUGAUGACUGAGUGGGGGAAAGCACAUGGAGCAGAGGGCAAGGUUCGUAUGCUGGCUGAUCCCACUGGAGCAUUUGGCAUGGCUACAGGACUUGCCCUAGAUAAGGAUGAAUUGUUGGCUCUGUUUGGAAACCAGAGAUGCAAGAGGUUUUCUCUGGUGGUUGAAGGUGGGAAGGUGAAAUCCAUUAACGUAGAAGACGAUGGGACAGGUCUAACAUGCAGCCUAGCAGCAAAUCUUUUUUCUCAGCUCUGAGCCAGGAUCAGAACAAGCCAAGAUUUGCACUACAUCAGUAGAGUAUCCACCGAGUAAUAUCUCCUGAAUAUCAAAAAGAUCUCAAGUAGUCUUUGUGUGAUGUAGAAAGCUCCGACCUAUAUACAAGAACCGCUAAGAUAUUGCAGUCUGUUUACAGCUACAUAUUUUAAUAAAUGCGUGGAAAGAU